UUCCUCAAUCAGAAGGCAGAAGCCACACCCACCAAACCCAAGCUUCAAAAAGUGAUGUCCUUUUCCUCUCUUCUAAGACAGUCUUUUCUUUCCCCUACUCUCCCUCUAUGGCGGAAGAAUACAGGAACAGCCCUGUGCAAAGCUUUAAGCACGGGCCCAACCAAAACGCUAACACUUAUAGAAGGUGACGGGAUUGGACCAGAAAUAUCAGAUUCUGUCAAGGAAAUAUUCAAAGCUGCCAAAGUUCCCAUAGGAUGGGAGACUGUGAGUGUGAAGCCUGUCAUUGGAGAGGGUGGUCGUGUGACUGUACCUGAGGACGUCAUUCAUUCAAUGAAGAGAAACAAAGUCGGGCUGAAAGGUCCACUUGAGACACAGAUUGGUAAAGGAGCUGUUUCACUUAAUCUGACAUUGAGGAGGUGA